AUGCGUCGAAGAACGCCGGCGACGGUUCACAAAUCUAGGCGCUUUCCUGUGAACUUCGCGCACAAGCCGGUCAACCGGGUCUGCUGCCGUUUCCGCCAGGAUUUCAGCUUUCUCGUUGUUUAUGGAUUGUCUGCUGAAAAUGAGCCUGUUGAAAGACUACCGCCGCUGCACGUACCACCGCAGAGCAGUGGCAACUGCCGAAGCGAUUUCAGCACUUGUCACAACCAAGCCACCGACGAGCAGAUGUUCGUCGACAACAGGUCGUAG